GCGAGAUAGAAAUCCAGGAGCGCGGACAACCCUGGCGCAUCGCUCCAGCUGGUUACAAGCUGCAACCAAACUGUUCAACCCAACAGCACCGAGCCUCCACCGCCACAGGUCCCUUCCUAAAAAUAAUACACACGCGGAAUACGACGAGAAAACACCAGAUACACAUGCACAUGACGUGCAAAGGGAGGAGGACAAAUCACCGUCUGCCCGUAAACAACAGAAACAGAGGGAAAUGUCUUGGUGGCCGCGCGGUGAGGAUGGAGAGGAGGCCAUGCAUCAAGACACGGACUCUGAUGUGUCAGAACAGAGAGACGGUGGGAAAGUGAAGGUGAAAUGGACUCAAGAAGAGGAUGACAAGCUGAAGGCAUUGGUUCAAAAACUGGGACCAAGCGACUGGAAAUAUAUCGCCAGUUUAAUACCAAGUCACACUGAACACCAGUGUCAGCACCGUUGGUUCAAGGUCUUGGAUCCAGAAUUGAUUAAAGGUCCUUGGACCAAAGAGGAGGAUGAGAAGGUUAUUGAGCUUGUGAAUCUCUACGGCAACAAACAGUGGGCGAUGGUUGCCAAGCAUCUGAAGGGCAGACUAGGGAAGCAGUGUAGAGAGCGCUGGCACAACCACCUCAAUCCUAAUGUGAAGAAGUCAUCCUGGACUGCCGAGGAGGACCUCAUUAUCUACAAGGCUCACUGCCUGCUUGGAAACCGCUGGGCUGAGAUCGCCAAGCUGCUCCCUGGAAGGACAGAUAAUGCAGUGAAGAACCACUGGAACUCGACUAUCAAACGCAAGUUAGAAAUGGGCUUCUAUGCUGGGGAGGUCUUGAGGCCGAAUGAACUUGAAGAGUUGUUGGCCUGUGUUAAUAAGGAUGAGCAGAUGCCCAGUUCUUCACAAGAUGGUGCAGACAAGGACCCAGAGCAGAAAACAAAUUCUUCCUUGAAGGAAGCGCCUGUCUCUGUUAAAGCUGAGGUCUUUGAAUGCCCUGCUGCUCCGGGGCCAUCAAAGGCCGGGGCCUCUCCAAAAGACAGUUUAAGCCCCAGGACGGACGCAGACGCCACAGGAGAAAUGAACUGUUCCAGCUGGGUGGUGGACAGCUCCGGCUUUCUCUCACCUACCGGGCCAGCCCUGAAGGAAGUGCUGGAUAUGGUGGAUGGGGACCUCGAUGGUUGGUGCAACCUUGCAGCCUUUGACCUGCCUGACGAUAGUCCGAGCCCAGAGCGCCACCAGUUUCGUCUGGAGGGCAGCGCCUUGCAGGAGUUGAGCAAAGGCAACAAGGGGGAGCUCAUCCCCAUCUCCCCUGGAGGUAUCACGCCCCCCACCAUACUAAAUCGCCGGAGUCGGAGACGCAUCGCCUUGUCUCCUGAUGCCAGUAAAUCCAUGACUCCCAAAAGCACGCCAGUGAAAAUCUUGCCCUUUUCUCCAUCUCAAUUCCUCAACAUGUGGACAAAGCAGGACACCCAUGACCUGGAGAACCCUUCCCUCACAUCCACGCCAGUGUGCAGCCAGAAAGCGCUCGUUACUACACCGCUGCAGCGUGACAAGACCCCCCUCAUUCAGAAGGAAAACUCAGCAUUUGUUACACCCAACCACAAGUCCGAGCUCUGUACGACCCCACGAACACCAACGCCGUUUAAAAACGCCAUGGAGAAGUAUGGUACUCUGCGGCCACUGCCUCAGACUCCGAACCUUGAAGACGACAUAAACGAGGUCAUCCUAAGAGACGGUGGGAUCGAUUUGGUUGUUGUACGCUCGACUCCGCCUGAGCAGCGACGUAAAACCAUGCAUCGGCCUCCUAUGAAGAAGGUGAGGAAAUCAUUGGCCCUGGAUGUCAUGGACUGCCAGGUGAUGCCCACAUCCAAACGCACAUCCCUCAAAACUGAAGCCAAAAACAGCAUCAAGGAAGAACCUCUCAACUCCUCGUCAUUUUACAGUAAGCGGCAUGAAAGUAUUUUGGACCAGGGCUUCCUGAUGGGACCUAGUGACAGUGCCAUAUUUCCCAGCACCGUGCCCCCAGUUCCAAUGUCAAAAGAAUGGGAAACCGUUGUUUGUGGACAAACUAAAGACCAGCUCAUAAUGACUGAGAAAGCCCGACGCUACCUUCGCUCACUAAAGUCCUACGCUCCCAGCCGGGCUCUGAUUCUGUCCUGAGACAGCUCUCAUCUUGUUACACAUACACAACUUAAUGUUGCCGUUUUUGCCCCCUUACGUUCUGCUGUUGUAAUUUGAGAUGGAGAAAAGACCAUGUAAUGUGAAGGUUUAGUACAGUUUUUGGAAAAAAAAAAAAUAUAUAUAUAUUAUCAAAACACUGACAGUAUACAGUCCUUUCAAUAAUUUGAGAGAGAAGGGUACCUUUAGAUUUAGUGUCACUCCAAUUGUGUAGUGCAAAGCUUGGUGGGGAGGAAGUAAAUCCCACUUCAGAAUCCACUUAAACGUGUUUGAAAAGAACAAUGAAUGUAGAAUUGAAAAAUCACUGCUAUAUACCGUUUUGCUAUCACUGAAAAGACAUGGUUUUACAAUGCAUAAUGUGCCUGUAAUUAAACAGUUUUUUUAAAAGUUGUGAAGCGUACAAACACUCAGUAUGUAGAGUUCUGUUGCAUAACUUGAAUAUGGAGUACAUUCAGACGGGUUGAUCAGUAAUGCAUUUAGAGAUGAUCCAUGUUGAAAAUGUUAUGUGUGUAUUGUCUUGUUGUAAGAUCUGUUUGUGCAUGUGUCUAAAUUUAUUAUAUACGUUUCAAUACUCAUUAAAAGUGAGGACCUCACACCAGGAAUAGUAGACAGAAAUUGAAUUGUGUAUUCUGUAGAGGUGGCUUGGUACAAUUUGAGAUCCAGCAAAGUGAUGAAUACACUUUGUUUAUGUAGUAGGCAAGUAAGUUGAAAUGUAAUGGAGGUACAGGUGGCAAGGAAAUUGUGUUGUUUGGCACUGUUUGUAAAUAUUUAGUGUAGGUUUUUACUUUAUCUUACAAAAAUUUGUUCAAAGAAAUGUAUUAAAAUACAAAUAUGUCUAAUA